AUGGAGGUUUCCAGACCUCCCCCAGCCCUGGGAGGGGGCUGUCUCAGGACCCUGACCACUCUGCUGCUUCUGGUUUCCACAGCCACCACCCUCAAUGCCACCAAGAUUCCUGUGUCCCCAGACUGCGGGAAGCCCCAACAGCUGAACCGAAUCGUGGGUGGCCAGGACAGUGUGGAUGCUGAGUGGCCCUGGGUUGUGAGCAUCCAGAAGAACGGCACCCACCACUGUGCAGGCUCCCUGCUCACCAACCGCUGGGUGGUCACUGCAGCCCACUGUUUCAAGGGCAAUCUGAACAAGCCAUCCCUGUUCUCAGUGCUACUGGGGGCCUGGCAAUUGGAGAACCCUGGCCCUCGGUCCCAGGAUGUGGGUAUCGCUUGGGUGCUGCCCCAUCCUGGGUACUCCUGGAAGGAUGGGACCCGUGCAGAUAUUGCCCUGGUGCGCCUUGAACACUCCAUCCAGUUCUCUGAGCGAAUCCUGCCCAUCUGCCUACCUGAUUCUUCUGUCCAUUUCCCUCCGAACACCGACUGCUGGAUUGCAGGCUGGGGGAGCAUCCACGAAGGAGUGCCCCUGCCACGCCCUCAGAUCCUGCAGAAGCUGAAGGUGCCCAUCAUCCAUUCGGACCUCUGCAGCCGCCUGUACUGGCGCGGCGCGGGGCAGGAGACCAUCACCGAGGACAUGCUGUGCGCUGGUUACCUGGAAGGGGAGCGGGAUGCCUGUCUGGGCGACUCUGGCGGCCCCCUGAUGUGCCAGGUGGACGGCUCCUGGCUGCUGGCGGGAAUCAUUAGCUGGGGCGAGGGCUGCGCGGAGCGCAACCGGCCGGGCGUCUACACCAGUCUCCCUGCCCACAGCUCCUGGGUGGAGAGGGUAGUGCAAGGGGUGCAGUUCCGCGGGCGCUCGCCGGGUAGCGGGGCCCGCAGGGAGCCGAGCGCGGAUUUCCCAGUCGCUGGGCGCUCCUAG